GCCGUAAAACAUAUCGCGCUGACUGUCGUAAAGGCGUUGCGAUUCUAGCCAGUCAAAGAGGAUAACAUGCGUACUUGUUCGCCAUCAAACUAAGAGAAAUUACGUUUUUACGGCACUUCAUUAAGCUUUACCUGAAUGUUUGAAGUGUCGGUUAGCGUUUUAAAGCUUAGUUAUUUUAAGCAUGGCUCUCUAUAACAAAGCAGCAGAGAUUCUUGAAAAAGUGGAGCAGAAAAAGGGGGCCGUGAAAACGCUCGUCUAUGAAAGUAAAUACGAAAACAUCAAACAACUCUUUGCACUCGUAUGCGAGACACACAAAUACUCAUCGGUCCUGCAGGAGAUCAUCAACAGCACCAGCUUUCUAAAAGAAACAAAACUCCGGAUUCAUGUAGCAAAGGUGCUGGCGUAUGACCUGCUCAUUGGACGUGGGUUGAAAUGCGGGGGGAGCUGGAAGGUCGUGAUGAUGAAACAUCGAUCCAGACUACAAGCUGCUCUGGCACGAAUUAAAAUUAAGAGGAAAGUGAGUCGAAAUGAGGAUCUGCUACCUUCCGGUUUCAAGGAGAUGCAAGGUGACGUUAUUCCACGAUUCGUGCGGGUGAACACAUUGAAAACAACUGUUGAGGAUGUCAUUGACUAUUUAAAAAGAGAAGGAUUUACAUAUCAGGGUACAGCUUGUCGGCUUGAAGAUCUUGAUCAGCUGUCUGGGAAAUCAUUUCUCUGUGAUCUUCAUCUCAAAGAUCUUCUGGUUUUCAGUUCAAAAAUGGACUUUCACAAUCACUUCCUCUAUAAAGCAGGCCACAUUAUAUUGCAGGAUAAGGCCAGCUGUCUUCCUGCUUUUUUCCUGAACCCCCCAGUCGGCAGUCAUGUGAUUGACGCUUGUGCAGCUCCAGGAAACAAAACCAGCCAUCUAGCUGCCAUAAUGAAAAAUAAAGGGAAGCUGUUCGCUUUUGAUCUCGACACAAAACGCCUGUCCACCAUGAGCACCCUUCUUUUGCGUGCCGGGGUCACAUGUCAACAGCUGGCCAAUCAGGAUUUUCUGAAGGUAGACCCACAGAGCUCUGAAUAUAAGGAGGUUAAGUACAUCCUUCUGGACCCCUCUUGUAGUGGAUCAGGAAUGGUGUGUUUGCGAGACGAAGCAUUAGAGCCGCAGGAGGACAAGCGUCUGCAGUCGCUAGCUGCAUUUCAACUGCGCUGUCUCAACAACGCGCUGCAGUUUCCUCAGGUGCAACGUGUCGUGUAUUCCACCUGCUCCGUUCACUCAGAAGAGAAUGAGAAUGUGGUGUCUGCCUGCCUGGAACAGAACCCUGGAUUCAGAUUAGUCAAUCUUCUUCCAAACUGGCCAGAGAGGGGUCACGACCCUUUCAAACAGUGCCUGCGUGCCAACCCAGCAAAAACACGGACUCAUGGGUUUUUUGUGGCCUUGUUGGAGAAACGUUCCCCGCAGAGAGUUGGAGAAAAUGUCCCGAUUACCACAACAUUGCCCACUGGUGGUGAGGAAAAGCAGGACAUACAGCAGUCUAAUGCACCUGAUGAGGAACAAGAGAACUCCGAGACUGUGAGCAAGGAUCCUACAAACUCAGGAUCAAAGAAGAAAAGGAAGAGAAACCGAAAAAAACCCAAAAUCUAGAAUCAUGAAAGACUCAUCAGCUUUCUGAACUACCAUUACACGGUUGUUAAUGUCCCUGAGCUUUCAUUAAAAUGUGAUGGCAAGAUUGCUUGACGUUCGUAUGCAAAUUUUAUUUUAUUUUUCUGCCUUUUUGCAACCUCAUAAAAACGAUUAGUCGAAAGAGCAUGUGAAUUAUUUGUCAUGCAAUAUCAAGCACCAUUCGCAAUUAAAGUCAACUUUACAGUUUUAUUGAAAA